AUGUACUUCCUAACUUUAGUAAAGUGCAUGCUGACCCACCAGGUGUCCGAACGUGUGAUUUGGGGAAGACGGACCAACAAGAAAGGGAAAAUUGGAGUCAACAUGGCAAAUGAUGUAGAAAUGGAGCAUACCAUCAAGAGCACAAAAAAUCUGAUAGCUUCAGUGGGGGCAAAUAAGACUAGCUCAAUGGCAGUCACUGGAGUCAGUGAAUCCCUGCAUGCUUAUGAUGAGAGUUCAAAUGUCAAGCCACCGUCAACUGCUCACACUAAAAAAAGUGCUGAUGGAGAUGAAGGCAUUAUGGCGGGGGAUCUGAGGUUGCUAAGGCCAUUCAAAUGCGACCCAAUGCAUGAGCCUCAUCCUUCAUUCCCUGAUAUGCUGAAGAGUGUAAGAGAGAAGAUUGACUUGGGUGAAUUCUUGCAUUGGCUUGAAAAUCACAAGAGACAGCUUGCAAGAGGUCAAUCCGUAGUUCCUGAAAAUGAAGAAUCUGAAUCGUCUGAUGCAGAUGACUAA